UAUGGCGGCCGUGUAGUGUCUCAGGCUCCCCGGAACCCCACAAAAACUAGAAAACCCGCGAAAAAACCUAGAAAAACCUAAAAACUUCGUGAUCGGUGACCCCCACCAUCAAAAUUAAAAAUUGUCCCCCAUAAACAAAACCAAAAACUCCAAAAAAUCAUUCUGCUCCAAUCCGAAAAACACCAACUAAUUCCCUGUGAUUACCUCCCCCCAACAAAAUUGUGAUACCCCCCAAAAAGUGUAGUGAAAGUAAAAAAUGAAUUGGGAACUGAUAUCCGAAGUGAAUGAUCAACUGACCGAGACGGAGUUGCGUUACUACAACGACAUAUACGUUUACUGUUGUGACAGUUCUUCCCCGGAUAAUGUCCCCGUUCUAACAGCAGCAGAGCUCUACCGUUCGGCAAACCUCCCCCGUGAAGUGACCCUAAAAAUCCUCGAGAUAUGUUCAGGCCCAAAAUCGAACAUUCACAUGGGUCGUAAGCAGUUCUACUGUUCCCUGAAGCUAGUGGCAGCCCACCAAUCAGGUGUCGACAUAAACAGAGACUUAACCUCAGAAUCCCUGGGUAUGAUAACGUCCCUGCCCCGAUUUUCCUGGCCAACAUCAGGUGACGAGGAUUCGAAGCCCCAGAAGAUAAUGUCGAGAUUACCAGAGAGUACGACCGAGAGUGAGAGUGAUGCUGAGUCCCCAAGGGAGACUGGAGGCAGCACAGAGUCCCCGACUCCAACCAACAGUGUCACCCAGGAGCGAAUCGACGGACUCCUGGGGUCUGAGGCUAUUUUAGAUUCUGCCUCUGGGAGCUGGCAGGGGCUUCUGGUGUCCGAGGAGCAGAGACAGCUCCUGGGGACUGAGGAGGAGAGCUCAGAGAGACACAGCAGUGACGACGAUGGUACUAGUUUCCCUCCUGAGGAGGUUUGGAUGAUAAGUGAAGAGCAGAGAGACUAUUAUGCAGCUCAAUUUGGAAGGCUGCAGCCUGAUCCCGAUGGCCUGCUGGCUGGACCAGUUGCCAGAACAUUUUUUGAGAAAUCGAGACUACCAGUGGCUGAGUUGAGACGCAUUUGGCAGCUUGCUGAUGUCACCAGGGAUGGAGCACUCUCUUUACCUGAGUUCUACGUUGCUAUGCAUCUUGUUGUGUUGAGGAGAAAUCAUGUGCCUCUUCCUGAUAUUUUACCUAUCAGUCUGGCAGUUUCGUUGGGGUCUGGGGCCACUGUUGGUGUUCCUCCACCGCCUCCACCACCACCACCGCCACCAACACUACCAGAAACUAUCCAGUCUGAGGGGGAAGUUGUUGCUGGACAGGGGGACAAGAGCAAAGAGUGGACUAAAUUCGUGGAUUCACCUACCGGGAGUGGAUCACUCACUAGUCCUGGGCCUAAACCUGUUAAUUUUGAUUUUCAAAAGAGUGCGGUGGAGAGGGAUCCGAAGAUUUUACAUCCUGUACCGUUGAGACUAACACCUGAAGCUGCUAUCCUGGCAUCUGGGGCUAAUGGGAGUAAUGGGGGAGUUAUUGGGGAUGAGGAUGUACUCAGUGUGGGGUUGGUGCAGAGGGUUGGGGGAAAAAAGCUUGAGGAGGGAAUUGUUGUGACACCUAAGAAGGAUCCACCACCACCACCACCACCUAGGCCUUAUCGAACACAUGCCAGGAGCUCUAGUCUUGAUCUUAAUAAAUUAGGUAAAAAUGGACAAAAUUUCCUGGGAGCACCCCCAUCAGUUCCACCAAGAGUUUCACCUGGAUCUAGCUCACCAAGAAAAUUAGUUGGGCAAAGAAGCGAGUGCGACAAUCACAGAACAGUCAGCGAGAGUCAAGGAUUCGUCGCUGAUUUUUCACACUUCUCACCAAAAGGUGAUGACAAUACUGGUAACGCAGAAAGUGGGACAACAUCCCAGAAUCAUCAGUUUGCUGGACACUGCGGUGCAUUUCAUAUCUAUAGGAAGCCUAGUCCAAAACGUGGAGAAGGAGAAGAUGAGACUGGAAAGGACGACACAGACAGCAGCAAACAAUUAACUCUCGAGGAAUUACGUGAGAAAAAUGCAGAGUUGCGUUCAGUUUGUGAAGAACUAACACGCGAAUUAGCGAGUGCACUUCAAGAAAGAAUUAAUCUUCGUGCAAAACUACUUCUGAUAACUUGAUCGACAUUUAUACAUCCAUGCAUUCAUCGCAGUGCUCGUUCUCUCUCUUCCUAAUUUCGUUUUUUGUAAUCUCACAAUUUUUCCUUCCGGAAGUUCUGAUGGUAUUCUAAUAAUCAAGCAUUCUAUUUUAUUUUAUUUACAUUCACAUGAAGGAGGAACGAAGGAUUUUUUUUUCUUCGGCUUUGCCAACUCACGUUCCAAUUGAAGAAUAAUAUAUCAGAUAAAUGGAGGUAGCAAUAAUGCCUACGAUUGUAUAUCAAGCGAUGGCUGUGUUUAACAUCUAAACAUUUUUUAGAACGAUUUUAUUUUGUAUUUCCAAUGUUUUUUAGUUUUUUGAUUAAUUAUUUUAUAAUUAGCAGUAAUAAAUCAUGAUGAAAUUGGUGAAUCAAUGUUAUUAUUUUAAUACAAUUGUCAUUAAUACAACAAUAGCCCGAAAAAUUAUGUUCGAAGUGUUGCAUUUUUCACCUGAAAAAUGUUUAGAUUUACAACUGCCCAGUCUCAAUUUUUUGGCUCAAAAAAUUAGAAAAAAAAGUUGAGCCAAAGGCCAAAAAAUGUAUUUUCGUAACUCUUAUUACCAGUGUAUAAUAUCAAUUAAAACUAAAACGUAUUCUAUUCGUUGUAACACUGACAAAAAAAAACAAGUUUGAAGAAGAAUAAUAAUUUACAAAGCAGCAGUUUUGAUAUUUGCUGUGUUAUAGAAGAAUGAGAAUGAAUUAAUAAUUGAAUUAUCGCAUUUUUUUAACUGUUCAAAUGCGACUGGAAUAUGUAUAUAAUUAUUAGAGAUGAAAUGAGAGAUAUUACGGAAGAAAAUAUGUUCGGGAGUGGAGGAAUUGGCUUUCUGUAUGGCAAUGAUUCGCCAAUGGCUAAAUAAUGAAUAAACAGCUUUCUCUAGCAAACGAA